CCAUGUGCUACCCAACUGGAGCCAAACAGAGCCUCAUGUAUAGCUGGGAUCUUCCUCUGGGGGAGAAGGUUCUGCUUCUCCUCACAAAUAGACUCGACCCUAAGGUGAAUGGAAGUGGGAACUUCUUUCUGUCCGAAGACAGCAUCCGUAGUGGCUCUGGUUCAGUUGAGGGAGAUAGUCUGGCCGAGGAGACCCACAAGCAGCAGGGAGAGGAGGAGGAGGAGGAGGAGGAGGAGGGGAAGGAGGAAGAAGAGGAGGGAGAGGAAGAGGGAGAAGAGGUGGCCGUUGGACAGGAGGUUACCCAGUAUCAGGGAGGUACCGGCGAAGUUGACUUUUCACUUCCCAAAAAACUGAGGAGGCUGUCAGAUGAAGUGAAGAAAAGCGUUGGGAGAACGUCUCAGAAGGAUAAAAGAAGAAUAAAGAAGAGAGUAUACUGGAUAUCGUUCAUGGAUAGUCUCCAGCGAGUCCUGCUCCUAACGUCCAGUCACAGUCUGGUGAAGAGUGUGUCGAGUCAAGGAGGAACUACCAACAAGGAGCCACCACACACUGAGCUGUCCCUCUCCCUCAUUGGAACUGGCCUCUCUCUAGUGGACGACCUGAGGGGCCAGGAGGUGACCUACAUUGGUAUCCCUCAGUCUCAGAAGGAGUGGCAGAUUCGAGUCAAAAAGCUCUGGAAGGCUCUUCCUCACGAUGUCAGCGAUAAACUUGAGAAACUACACAACAGCCCCAGCAGCCAGAAGACCAAAGGAAGGCGACCGAUCCCUGACUCUGUCUACGAGGUUGACUUUACUCGGAUGUACCUGUACGUGACCAAGACUGGAUCCAAGAAUAGACUGAGGAGGAGCCAUUUCGAGGGAGUGUAUGCUCGAGUCACCCUCUCCGAACACCUCACCUCAGUCAGCGUUAGAAUCAGCCACGUCCAGGUUGAUAACCAGCUGCCUCUGACUCUGCAACCAAUCAUCAUGUAUCCCUACCCUCCACCUCCCUCCAUUGCCAGCUCAUGUGCUCCGAAGCCGUUCAUCGAGGGGACAUUGGUAAUUCACAAGACGGAACAGUCCAACGUCUCUCAAAUCCAGUUCCUCCAGGUCCUGGUCCAGGAGGUGGGAGUGAAUCUGGACAUGAGCUUCCUCAUGGCUCUCCUGGGCCUCUUCUCAAACCUCUCCUCAAAUUCCACUGAGGCCCAGAUCGUCGGCAGGGAGGUGGAGUAUGCAAAACUGCCUCUCAGGGAGUCAAAGUUGCAGCUGUAAGUGCAGCUGUGUCUCGAAAGUACUUCAAACUCCUGCAUCUUUCGCCACUCAUUAUACACCUGAGCUUUUCUUUGGAGAUGUCGGAUCAAGAAGGAAAAGAGGCGAAAAAGGCGACAGAGACAAACAUAUUCAUGAGCAUGAUCUUCAACGUCCUUCUCUCGUUUGCCACCAUUGUUGGCAAGACCAAAGAUGCCGAGUUGCAUCUUCGCUACUUUGAGCUGGAGAACGAAGCUCUCACACAACAGGCUCUCAUGGACAGAGUCCAAAAGCACUACAUACAAGAGGGAGUGAUUCAGAUGUACAGUGUUGUGUUGGGUCUGGAGGUGUUGGGAAAUCCAGUCGGAUUUGUCAGAGGUCUCAAGAAGGGCACUGUGGGCCUCUUCUAUCAUCCACUCCAGGGUGCGGUGUUGGGGCCAGAAGAGUUCAUGGAGGGAGUGGUACUAGGGAGCAGAGAGUUUGUUGGAGGGACGGUGGGUGGGAUCAGUGGGGUCCUGGGUAAGGUGACCGGGGUCCUGGGGGACACCGCUGCCAACCUCACCAUGGACGAGGAGUUCCAGUCCCAGAGGAAGAGAGAGAGGACCCGGGGAAACGUGGGACAGAGUCUGGAGGGAGCUGCCAGGGUUUGUUUGAAAGGGGGAGCUAUGGUGGUUGUAAUGAAAUGAGAGAGAAAGGGAAGGGUAAAGAGAGGGUCUGAAAGGAGCUUCCAGGUAUUGAGAGUGUACUGUGGUAGAAAAAGAGUCUGGAGGGAGCUGCCAGGGUUUGGGGUAUUUCGGUAAGAGGGACAGGGAGGGACAGAGAGGGUGGGUAGAAGAAAGAAGUGAGAGUUUUUUCCAAACAGGGGGUAUUUGCUGGAGUCACAGGAGUAAUUUCACAGCCUAUCAAAGGAGCCAAGAAGGAAGGACUGCUGGGUCUGGUGAAGGGGGCUGGGAAGGGAGUCCUGGGGCUAGUGUUGAGACCAACUGGAGGUCUCAUUGACCUCACCAGUGCCACUUUCAACGCUGUCCAGAGGAAGACCAAGGUUGGUAAUUAUGACAUUACACAGUUGAGGCCUCCUCGGUUCAUCGGCCAACCAAAAUUUGUCUCUCCAUACUCACCUCACAAGGCAGAGGGCUAUGCUCUGUUCCUGGCUCUGGAAAAUGGCCGACUGAGCGGAGAUGGAGACAUAUACUUUGAUUUCGUAGAGUUGGAAGAGAACCCUCUCAGAAACCUUCUCGUCACUAACAAUCGGUUUCUGGUGAUAAAGAGGAAUGCGAUGUUUGACCGUUUCGAGGAGGAGGAGGUGGUGAUGUUCAGAGACAUGUGUGGCAAGACGAGAGCCGAGAGAAGCAGAGUGGUUGUCCCAGUCCUUGAGGAACAAGGGUGGUUUCUGAGCUCUAAGAAGAAGUUGCAGACGAGUUCAAGACAGCUGGAGGUGCCCAGUCCAAAGAAAGCUGCAGAAAUAGUGAGCCUCGUGAACCAAGCCUACCAAGAAUACCGCACCACGCAGACGAAAAAGUCAAGUUAGCUCUCUAUCACCUACUUCUAUAAUAAAAACUCAGUUCAGUGUCUCAGAAAAACAGAUGUACGUAGAUAUGGCAAUAUGUUGUUUCAUGAUACAGUCGUACUAUAAAGUUGUUCAUAUAUACAAUGUCAUUGCGAAAGCAAAAAACGAUGAUACAGUGCACAUUGUUGUCAUCUGGUGGUACCAGGGGCUAGAUGUGCUAGCAACCUCCAGAC